CUAUAGAUCAAGAUACCCAUCUUUGCAUAUGGACCUGGUGCCUCUACGCUGGUUUUACAGACUUUGGAACCUUAGUUUCUAAAUUAAACAGAAUUUUCUUUCAUCUCUAAAAAAAGGACUUUGGUCCAUUAAGUAAAACAAUCUAAUUCAUUUUCUUUAUAGCUGAGAUAAAGUUCCUCUGACCUCAUCAGUGGUUCUGGAAAGGCUUUAUUCCAACAGCUGUAGCUCCUGUUCCUGAAAGAGAUCUGAUGUCAAGUGGGAGCUGCGGGAAAGGGCCUUGGAAUGUUGAUUGACGUGUCAGCGAUCGAAUCACGGCUCGCCUCACAUCACCCCUCCACCAAUCAGCUGCCAGCUGGAGGAAUGUCUGCUGACAUAGUUAACGACCUGCUUACUGGUGUUUGUGGAGUUUUUCCAGGAGAAGAGAAUCAGCCAUGGAUGCGGACGAGUUUCCUCCCCCGCCUCCUGAAAUGCUAGCAGAUGAUGAUGCCUUCAAUGAUGAAGAUGAAGGAGAAGCUUUUGACUUUGACAGUGGAGAUGACAUCCCUGAGGCUCCUCCAGCACCUCCAAUCCUUCCCACUGAGGAUCCGAGCCCGGUGGACUCUUUGACCAUUCAUCCCGAGGACUCUCACUGCAUCCCGGAGCCUCCACCGCCAAUCUCCCAUUCGGAACCUUCAUCCCUGGACACUACGGCUGCCAUAAGCGAACUUUCCUCAGCAGGCAGAGAAACAACAGAAGCUAAAGAGACAUCUGCUGCUGAGGGAACUAAUGACAGGGAGGAAGAUUUACCACCACUGCCGUCUCCACCCCCUCCUGUUGGUUAUGGUGUACAGACAGAUCCUAGAAGCGCGGACGCUGAAGGAAAAGAUGCCUCCCUGGAUGCCCCACAACCUUCACCGGCUUUGCCCAGGACUUCCUCUCGGACUAAAGUCAACCCUUACUCAGUAAUUGAUAUCAGUCCCAUGCAGCAGCUAGAGCAGCAACAGGGACCCUCCUCUUCCACUUCCUCACUAACUGAGUCAAAACUACAAGAGGAAGAGGGCAGGGAUAUCCUCACCAGCUCCUCCAGCAUUACUUCAGGAUACUCCGUGCCUGUGCCCUGUGGCUAUGCCACCCCCUCUGGUGUUCCUCUCAUCACACCUGCCUAUACCACACCUGUCAUCAUUCGACAUCUCUCCAUGGAUGAAGAUGUGACGGUGGUGGGAACUAGCAACACCUCUGCUGACAGUGUUUUCAGUGAAGAGUAUCCACCUAUUGCAGAGGAAGAUGCUCUGGCUAAAUGGGCAUCAGAUCCUGCCAACACCGCUUGGAUGGAAAACCCAGAUGAGGUGAUCUAUGAUGAUGUCCCCAGAGAGAACUCAGACUCUAACACAGAUCCAGAUGAGAUGAUUUAUGAUGAUGUGGAGCUGGGCGAGGAGGGCGGCUGCAGCAGCUCCCUCGAUAAUGGCUGGAGCUCGAGCGAGUUUGAAAGCUACGACGAAGCCAGCGAUGGGGAGGGUCACCCUGAAAAUGGCCUCCCCCAUGCCUUCAUGAGGGGAAAGCCACCGCAGAGGAAAAUCCAUCUCUCUCAAGAUCUGACACGCUUGAAAGAACACUAUGAGAAAAAGAUGAAAGGUCUAAUGGCAAGUACAGUGGGAACGGUAGAGCUGCAGCAGUUAAAACAGAAACACGAGCAGAAGAUGCAAAAGCUGGUGAAGGCAGCCAAGGAGGGGACGAAAGAUGGACUUGAAAAAACUAAAGCUGCGGUGAAGAGGGGGCGCUCUUUCAUCAAAACAAAGUCAUUCUGUCAAGAGAGAAAGUCUGCUUGCUUAGAGGGGGAGUCUGAGCUCUUCAUUGAAGUGGACUGCUUCAACGUGGAGCCCGUUCUCUGUCCAACACCAGAGGGUCUCACUCAGCAGCAGCUUGUGCGAAGGUGCAUAUUGGGCUCUAUUUUAGAAAGUGAGAAAAAUUAUCUUGAUGCUCUCAAAAGGAUUUUGGAGCAUUAUGAGAAACCCCUUUCCCAGAUUGAGCCCAAGCUGCUCAGCGACAGGAAGCUGAAGAUCAUCUUUUACCGCGUGCGGGAGAUCCUGCAAUGCCACUUCCUGUUCCAGAUAGCUAUUGCGAGCCGUGUGUCUGAGUGGGACAGCCUGGAAAUGAUUGGAGAUGUCUUUGUUGCAUCGUUUUCAAAAUCCAUGGUGCUGGAUGCUUACAGUGAGUAUGUCAACAACUUCAGCACAGCGAUGGCCGUCGUAAGGAAGACUUGCGCCUCUAAACCGGGUUUCCUGGAAUUUCUCAAGCAUCGUCAAGAAACCAGCAGUGACCGAAUGACUCUUUAUGGCCUGAUGAUGAAACCCAUUCAAAGAUUCCCACAGUUCAUUCUGCUCCUUCAGGACAUGCUAAAGAACACACCGGUGGGUCAUGCGGACCGUCUGCCCUUGCAGAUGGCCCUGACAGAGCUGGAGACCUUGGCAGAGAAACUCAAUGAAAGAAAAAGGGAAGCUGACCAGCGCUGCGAAAUCCGUCACAUUGCAAAGGCCAUGAAUGAACGCUACCUCAACAAGCUUCUAAGUAAUGGUAGCCGCUACCUGAUUCGCUCAGACGACAUGGUGGAGACUGUUUACAAUGAACGUGGUGAAAUCAUCAAAACAAAAGAGCGACGCCUCUUCCUGCUAAAUGAUGUGCUCAUGUGUGCCACGCCUAAUAUCCGGUGCCAGGAUGGCAGUGGGAGUGGCAGUGGAAACGCUCCACUGGACCAGAGGUUUCUCCUGAAGUGGAGUGUACCUUUGAGUUUUGUGGAAGUACUGGAGUUUGGAUCCAGCGAGGAAAUGGUCGAUAACAGCCGAUACCCUGCUCCUCACUCUGGGGAGAAGGUGGUGAUCAACGCUAAGCCAAACAAACUUUACAUGGGCCCUGGUCAGCUGUACCAAGAUCUGCAAAACCUGAUCCACGAUCUGAGUUUGGUCAAUCAAAUCGCUGGCAUGAUCGGUAGCCUCAAAGGGAACUACCAGAAUGUAAAUUCCACUGUGGCGCAGGACUGGGUUUCAGGCCUCCAGAGGCUAAUAUUGAAGAAGGAAGAGGAGAUCAGGGCAGCUGACCGGUGCAGGAUUCAACUCCAGCUGCCUGGCAAACAUGACAACAGGGCCGGUAAGCUCACAUACUUCAGUGCAGUGUUUAAUACACUCAGCCCAGCCAUCAAGCAGUCAUGGAUCAGUAACCUACAGAUGGCAAAGUUGGCUCUAGAGGAGGACAACCUGCAGGGCUGGUUCUUUGCAGAUGAUGACGGUAAUCAAAUCAAGAAACAGAAACACCCCCUCUUACUUCGACAGAUGCCUGUGGUAAUGUCAAAACUACAAGAGUUCAAGGUGGAGUGUGCUGUUCACAACCCAGAGCCCUUCAUAAACACAGAAAGCACAGCCGACUCUCCUGUUGUCGGCCACGGAUGUGUCUGGGUUGCAAGUUGCACUAACCAGAUGGGUCAAAUCGCUAUUGUGGCCAUGCAGAACUCCAGCCCUAAAGUGACAGAAUGCUUCAAUGUGGAAUCUCGAAUCCUCUGCAUGGCCUUCGUCCCAGCAGAGCAACCUAAGGAGGACAGUGAAAAGCUUCCUCAGAAUAAUGGCGUUCCUGCUGCAAAGGCCAGUGAUACCCCCACCGUCUGUUUAGGCAUGGAGGAGGGCAGCAUCAUUGUUUAUAAGAGCAGUCAGCGGUCCAAGAAAAUACGUCUUCAGCAUUUCUUCACCCCAGACAAGUCCACGGUCACCAGCCUGGUCUAUAAAAAGCCCUGUCUGUACGCCGGUCUGGUUAGUGGCUCUGUCGCCAUUUACUCCAAAUCACAAGAUGGUUCCUGGUGCUGUGAGACGCCCAGGUUACUGAAGCUAGGAGUCCUUCCAAUUAAAGCGGUGCUGGCUGUGGAGGAUCAACUCUGGGCCUCAUCAGGAGGACAAAUUUUUAUCAUCAGCACCCACACACAUUGUGUUGAGAGGCAGCUGGAGGCCCACCAAGAAGAGGGCAUGGUGGUGUCUCACAUGGUGGUGGCAGGGGUGGGCAUCUGGAUCGCAUUCAGCUCCGGUUCUACUCUGCGCCUCUUUCACACUGAGACAUUGGAGCACCUGCAGGACAUUAACAUUGCCACAACCGUUAACAAUAUUCUACCAGGAAACCAGAGAGUCUCUGUGAGCAGUCUGCUGGUUAGCCACGGUUUGCUGCUAGUGGGGACUAACUUGGGAGUGACUGUGGCUUUGUCUGUCCCCAGACUACAGGGGAUCCCCAAAGUAACAGGUCGAGGGAUGGUGUCAUUACAUGCACACAAUGGGCCCGUCAAGUUCCUCACUAUGGCAACGGCGGUGCGUAACUGGUCAUCUACCCUCCCACCCUCCACCUCUUCCCCUUCAUCCAAGCAGAUGGAGUCUGCGGAUGCAGAGAGCGUCCAGCCUGUCCCAGAUGCAGCCUCCAGUCCUCCUCUGGGACGCGGGGUGUGGCUGGGCGAGGCGGGCUGUACCACCAUGGCUCUUCAGGAUUCUCUGUCCUCCUCCUCCUGCGGAUCCUUAGCUCCCUCCCAGGGUUCCUUGGAGCACGGUCCAGAGGAUGGGGCCUUGUAUGACUUGCUUCAUGACCCCGCCCAUCACCAGAGGGGGCGUCGCUCCAGCAAGGUUGAAGUCAGCUCUCUGCUAGUUGUGUCUGGAGGCCUGGGCCACCGCAGAGUCAACAAAAAGACCAAACAGUCUCGCCACGAGGACAGCACCUCCACUAUCAUGAUCUGGCAAAUCCCUUUACUGAACAUGUGACACCAACAGCCCACUGGUGUUGGUUUAAAUAUCUGAAGACUUCACAAAAUCUUCCUCAUACUUUCAUUUUUUCACUUUAAACCAAAUGCUCUAACACUUCAACAAGUAUUUGUGUCAAUCAAAAGAACUUACUGACUUAUUUUACACCAAAAUGUUUGUCUCCUCCAAUAUAAACAGAACAUCCCUGCCUUUUCAGGUUAUUGGA